CUUCCUCUGACUGAAAAGUGUAAACUUCCCGAUAAUCUGAGUCAGACACUUUAGGCCCUAUCCAUCCCGGUGACAGCUUUAGCAGCGAGGAGAAAAGUGUCUGUCUUCUACGACUACUUUCCUCCCUCCAAGCCCGGCUGAUGCUAUCACAAUUAAAAGAGUUCUCAACAACGGAUCAUGGCACCAAAGAGACGAGCUGCUUCUGCUGCCAAGGCAGGUGGCAAGAAGGUAAAACAGGAGCCUGAGACACCGAAACAGAAGGAUGCCUUUACCUCUGCAAAAGAGGCCCUUCUGGCUGCAGGGCCACAGGUAAAAGGCAAUAGAAAGGUGGAUGAGUACUGCUCACUGUCAAGCUCCAGCGAGGUACAUGAGGAUUAUGACUGCAUGCUCAAUCAGACCAACAUUGGACAUAACAAUAAUAAGUUUUAUGUCAUUCAAGUUGUUAAAGAAAAGAACAGUUACUAUACAUGGAACAGAUGGGGUAGAGUGGGGGAAGAGGGACAAUCUAAACUGAACAAGUUUAAUGACACUGAGAAGGCUGUCAAGGACUUUGAGAAAAAGUUCAAGGACAAGACCAAGAACAACUGGAGCGAUCACUCAAAUUUUGUGUCUUACCCUGGGAAGUACACCCUCAUCGAGGUGGAUGGAGAUCAGGAUGCUGAGGUCAAGGUGGACUCUGUUGAUGGAAAGAAUGUCAAAGGCAUUACAAAUGUCCAAGCUUGCACCCUCGAUGUCUCUACCAAGAAGCUCAUCGAACUCAUUUUCAGCAAUGACAUGUUCAAGGAGGCGAUGGAAUGUAUGAAUCUAGAUAUCAAGAAGAUGCCUCUGGGUAAGCUCAGUAAGAUUCAGAUUGCAAAGGGCUUUGAAGUGUUGGAGGAGAUCGAGGCAGCAAUGAACCAAAAAAGGGGAAAGAAACGUCUGGAAGAACUUUCCUCGAAGUUCUUCACCACAAUCCCACACAACUUUGGCCGGACCAGACCGCCAACAAUCGACGACAAAGAGGUUGUGGAGAAGAAGAAAGAGAUGCUUAUGGUGCUGGCUGACAUCGAGCUUGCCCAGAAUCUGAAGUCAGAGACUGAAAAGGCUAAGGAAGAGAUGAUAGAGACAGUUCCUCACCCUCUAGACCAGGACUACAAUUCUCUCAAAUGCAGCCUCACAGUAAUGGACAAGAAUUCAGAAACAUUUAAGAUCAUAGAAAAAUACCUGAAAGUGACUUCAAAUGACCACCAUAAACCAAAAAUUGUCAAUGUUUGGGAAGUUGAUCGACAGACAGAGGGAGAACGGUUUAGCGAUAAUGAUGAUCUGGAGAACCGCCGUCUGCUGUGGCAUGGCACAAACAUAGCGGUGGUGGCAGCUAUCCUGAAGAGCGGUCUGAGGAUAAUGCCGCAUUCAGGAGGCCGCGUUGGUAGCGGUAUAUAUUUUGCAUCUGAAAACCGCAAGUCUGCAGGUUACGUGCGCACCUCUAAAAAUACGGGAGUGAUGUUUUUGAGCGAGGUAGCCCUUGGCAAAGAACAUACCAUCACUAAAGACAACAGCUCCUUGAAAAAGGCUCCUGCAGGCUAUGAUAGUGUGGUGGCACGAGGAUCAGUGGAGCCAGAUCCAUCCAAGGACAUCUCCAUCACCCUUGAGGGCAAGGAGAUUGCUGUGCCUCAGGGUAAGCCCAUAGAGCAGCCCCAGUUCUCAGGCAGCUACUUCAGCAACAGUGAAUAUCUCAUCUAUAAAGAGAGCCAGUGUCGCCUUCGCUACCUGCUGGAGCUUAACAUGUAGUAACUCAACUCAAGAAAGAAGCAGGUCCUCUGAAAGAGAAAAGUUACUCUUUCCUCUACAUAAGGGCCUUCUGAAAUUUUGAUUUAAAAUGAUCAUAUUGAAUAUAUAUAUAUAUAUAUAUAUAUAUAUAUUCAAUAUGAUAAUUUUAUUUAAAAUUACAGUUAUUCUGCAUAUAUCCCUAUCAUGAUUCAUAAAUAACUUUUCUGUGCCUUGUAUUUUUCACACUGUCAAACUGGCCUGAGCAGGAUGGACUGCGCUUCCGUAAUGACUGUUGACUUAAUGUAUGUAUUUCUUCCCGUGCAAUGAAAUGUUUUCUUUUUCUCUAUUUGGCAUCUCAGUUCUAGUCUGAGUAGCUUACUUUUUACAAACUGCAUUGUUUAAUCCAAGUGGUAACGCUUACCUGUCCCUCAGAGAGAACAUAUCUUUAUAUGUAGGAGGCCCUUAUUGCAUGCCUUUGCAGUUGCGGACAUUUUGACUAAUGUUAUAUAGUAGACUAGAAGUAAAAUGAUAAUCUAUGCAUAGAUAUGUUUACAGUUACAAUUUUAAAGUGCUAUUUGUGGCUAAUAUUCAAGCACUGUUACAAAUCUAAUUUGUACAAAAAUACUCUGAAAGUGCUUCUGCUAUGCAAAGUAAUGUAUCAUGUGCUUCAUGAAAAGCUUCGUCAAUCUUGCCCAGAGGGUCCUAUAGCUGGGUUAUUAAUGCCACCAUAUGCUGUCAGAAAUUAGCAAGUCGCUUUUGAAUGUAAUAACCUCGACAUUUUUGCACUAAAACAUUAUUUGAACCAACAAAAAAUAAAUAAACUUAAGUUUUACUUCAA